CUCUCCUCCACAACAACAACAACACACCACCACCCACACCACAAUGACAAGUUCCCAAGGACGUGUGCCGCAAGGCGAGGUGGUCAUGGACUUCGCCGACGGAGGACAGUACAUAAAGAGCAAGCUCGAGCACUCGGUCGUCGAGCUCGAGCGACGACGCAUCACGCUCGACGAGGCGGCCAAGGCUGCGCGUGCGCUCGAGGCGUUGGAGGUGAAGGCGCCUGCUGCCGUCAAGGCGGAGGACGUUACGUUGAUCGUCAAGGAGCUCGGCGUGAGCAAGGAGGAGGCGGAGAACGCCCUGCGUGCCGACAAGGGCGACGUCGUCAAGGUCCUUGUCCGGCUGUCUGCGCCUCGGCAGUAGGCUCGUCACGCGGCUGGCUCGCUGAGGCUGAACGGCUAGGCUAUGGUACACUACAUGCAUU